AUGGCUGCCAACGCACGCGUUUCCGGACUCUCCGCGCUCCUGCUGAUGGCGGCAUUCCUCUUGAUCCAGAAUCUCACCUUCGUCUCGCCCUCUCCGGCCCUUCGCGCGCAGCGCUCGGUGACCGUUUUCCGGCAGGCGACCGCCUCUGCGGACACCGCCGAGAAGGUUGCCGAGGUCAUUGCGGAGCAGCUGGGUGUCGAGAAGGACAAGGUCACCCGAGAGGCCACGCUUUCCGAGCUCGGUGCAGACUCGCUGGACAUCGUCGAGUCUGUGAUGGCCCUGGAAGAGGCGUUCGACAUCGAACUACCGGACGAGGAGACGACGCCGCUGAAGAACUGCGGGGACGUGAUGGACCUCAUCCAGAGCAAGCUCUGA